ACACCCUAACUAGUGCUCUGGGUUUGGGAAUCGGAACGCGAUCCGGAUUGGGCCGAUUUUUUUUUUUAAAUUAUUUUAUUUUUUUCACGGCUAAAACAGAGCCUGGUCCCUUUAAGCCGGCAGAGAAACAGACUUGACGUUCAGCGGGAGUCUUUACGAAAAAAAGAAAAGAGAAGAGAAGAGAAAAGAAAAAGGAGCAGCAGCAGCACAUUUUUUCGGACAUAUUGUGGAUUUAUGCUUGGAAUUGUGAGCCUAAAGUGGGAUGUUAUGGGGUCCCUGAACGCGUCUGUAUGAGGAUGAGUGGAUAAGAAGGAGAAGAAGAAGAAGAAGAGAAAGAAAGGAAGGAAGGAAGGAAGAUCACUUCUUCACCCAACACACACACACACACACACACACACACACUCAUUCUGAGGACCUGGGGUUUGGGGGGGAAACCAAGGACCAGGACCUUUCUCUAUCUACAUGUGGAUUAAUUUCUAAUUUUUUUUAUUUUAAUUUUUUUAAAAACAAGAACUAAAUAAAUAAAACGGUCAUAUUGGAUACACACACACGCCUUAUACACAAGGUUGUUGUUGACCGUCAGGACUCGAUUCUGAAGAAUGGUCAGCGUGUGUAGAGCAGCCACACCCACUUCCUGCGCAUAGAGGAAGUUUCGUCGUCAGCAUGUCCUCUCACCCACAGCCGGUGCCUCAGAGCCGGAGAGCUGUGGAAACCCGACACCUGCCGAGCGCAGCCGGCCUUCCUCUGCAGAUAACCCGCGCUCAAACGGAUGUUGGUAUAGUGGACUACCAUGCUCGGGACUUCGGUUCCCAUCUCUCCCAUGGAGCUCUUGCCCAGUCUCACCGCCGCAGACCAUCCCUGCUGUCGGAGUUUCAGCCCGGGAAUGAGAGAGGCGCAGAGUCCCACGUCCGAUACGAGCACAUCUAUCUCCCCGAAGCCAACAGCCAAUCGGAGGUGGAGUACGGUGAGAUAAAACGACCUCGCCUGGAGAUCGGGGCGGAGCCUCUAAUGCGUCAUCCGCCUCUGCCUCUGGCGGGAGCCGAGGACGUCGUGAAGGAGCGUAGCAGCAGCUCGAUGGGGAAGAUCGAACCCAUCUCUCCGGUGAGUCCAGCGGUGAUGGAGGCCGACCUGGAGCUGGUGCCCACGCGCUUUUCGAAAGAGGAGCUCAUCCAGAACAUGGACCGCGUGGACCGAGAGAUCACCAUGGUGGAACAGCAGAUCUGCAAACUGAGGAAGAAACAGCAACAGCUGGAGGAAGAGGCUGCGAAGCCCCAAGAGCCGGAGCGCAACAUUUCUCCUCCACCCAGCGAAGCCAAACACCGCAGCCUCGUCCAGAUCAUAUACGAUGAGAACCGGAAAAAAGCAGAGGAGGCUCAUCGUAUCCUCGAGGGACUGGGACCCCGAGUGGAGCUGCCGCUGUAUAACCAGCCGUCUGAUACGAAGCAGUACCACGAGAACAUUAAAAUAAACCAGGUGAUGAGGAAGAAGCUCAUUCUCUACUUCAAGAGGAGAAACCACGCUCGUAAGCAAUGGGAGCAGAAGUUUUGUCAGCGCUAUGACCAGCUGAUGGAGGCUUGGGAGAAGAAGGUGGAGCGCAUCGAGAACAACCCUCGGCGUCGGGCCAAAGAGAGCAAAGUACGCGAGUACUACGAGAAACAGUUCCCCGAGAUCCGCAAACAGAGGGAGCUGCAGGAGCGCAUGCAGAACAGGGUAGGUCAGCGUGGUAGUCUGGCCUCUGCAGCACGCAGCGAACACGAAGUGUCCGAGAUCAUCGACGGCAUUUCAGAACAAGAGUUCUGCUGCAGGAAACCAACCCUACCUCUUUACACUGACCUCAGCAGCCCAUGGCAUAACCCCACCGGACCUUUGAACUCUGAGAAACAGAUGCGUCAGUUGGCUGUGAUCCCGCCGAUGCUGUUUGACGCCGAGCAGCAGAGGAUAAAGUUUAUUAACAUGAACGGUUUGAUGGAUGACCCCAUGAAGAUCUACAAAGACAGACAGGUGAUGAACAUGUGGAGCGACCAGGAGAAAGACACCUUCCGAGAGAAAUUUAUCCAGCACCCUAAGAACUUUGGCCUGAUAGCCUCCUUUCUGGAAAGGAAGACCGUGGCCGAGUGCGUCCUCUUCUACUAUCUGACCAAGAAGAACGAGAACUACAAGAACAUCGUCCGCAGGAACAACCGGCGUCGGGGCCGCAGCCAGAAUAACCAGCAGCAGCAGCAGCAGCAACAACAGCAGCAACAGCAGCAGCAGCAACAACAGCAGCAGCAGCAGCAACAGGUGAACCGCAGCAACCAGGACGAGAAAGAGGACAAGGAGGCGGAGAAGGAGGGAGAGCGAGACGAGGACAAGAACGACGGGGAUGACAAGGAGGAUGGCAUGAAAGAUGACACGUCAGGAGAGGACGGUGAAGAUAAAGAUCCUCCUGUCGCCAUUAAAGGACGUCGUACAGCUAACAGCCGUGGCCACCGAAAAGGCAGAAUCACUCGCUCCAUGGCCAACGAGCAUGAAGAAAGCAGCUCUCCUCCUCUCAGCGGCGAACUGGCAAACCUGGAGAUGAAUGAAAGUUCGCGCUGGACAGAAGAGGAGAUGGAGACUGCCAAGAAAGGACUUCUCCAAUAUGGCCGCAACUGGUCGUCCAUCGCCAAGCUGGUGGGCUCCAAGACCGUCUCGCAGUGCAAGAACUUCUAUUUCAACUACAAAAAGAGGCAGAAACUGGACGAGAUCCUGCAGCAGCAUAAAAUGAAAUCGGAGCAGGAGCGUAAGGCCAGGCGUAAAGUUAAAACUCUGCAGAACGAGGAGACCAGCGCUCCCUCUGCUGCCGACGAAGAGGAGAUGGAGGGAUCUGGGGGUAGCGGCAAUGAGGAGGAAGCUCAGGAGGAUGGAGAGGGAGGCCCUAACCAGAGUUCAGAUACGGAGAGCCUCCCGUCUCCGCACUCCUCAGAGAGCAGCAAGGUCAAAGACUCGAGCUCCGGCCGCUUUAAGUCUGCACCCAAUACCACCUCGGCGUCGGCAUCUUCCUCUGACAAAGACGCACCAGAGGAGGAGAAACCACAAGUUAAGUGCGAGCAGGGAGCCGUGAAGCAGGAAGAGCAUCCCGAGGGCACCGACGGCGCGAAGGAGCUGCAAGUAGAGGUCGAGGAUAAGAAGCCCCCCAUGCUGGAGGUGGAAGAAGGGAAGAGAGAAGGACGGAAAAGGGAGAGGGAGCACGGAGGGCGAGACAGCGACUCCAGCGCUACGUGCAGCGCCGACGAGGUGGAGGAGACGGACAGCACGGAGAAGAACAGAAUAACAUCUCCUAGGCCGAGUCUGCUGAGUUAUGCCCAUGAUGGAGUGAUCUCAACUGCACUGCAGAAACCACUGGACCUCAAACAGCUCAAACAGAGAGCAGCUGCUAUACCUCCCAUAAUGCCGGACAUUUCUCUAGCCGGUGGCGGUGUGUUGGGGAAGCAGCAGGUGAUGCCUGACGCCCAGGCGCUCUACGAACAGCAGAUCAUCAUGGCACACGAGUCCUCCCAAGGGGCCAAGCAGCAGCCUCCGCAGCCAAUCAAAUCGCAGCAUUACCCCAGCGGCAUCGCUGAAACCGGCAGCCCGAGGAUCCGAGCCAGAACGCCAACGCCCUCGGAGAGAGACAAAGAAGAACUGGAGGGGGGGAAGGAAAGAUGGCUACACACUCUGCUUCACGGAUUACAUAAACCCCGGGCGUUCUCUCCUCUGCCUGAUGUAAAGAAAGAUCCGGGCUCAGAUCACAUCAGAGCCAUGGGUUUUGGUCGUCCUGUGAUGUCACCGUACCAGCUUUCUCCAAGAGACGUAGCCAAGAUGAGCCAUGAACAACUCCUGCACUACAACUCCUCCUCUCUUCCUCAGCAGGAGAGGCUGUCUGGUGUACGGCCGCUGCACAUCCCUGAUCCUCCUCCCCUCAUUUCCUCGACCAAACCAGGCGGCUCCAUCACGCAGGGUACUCCAGUGCAGAUGCACAGCCCCGCCCACGCCUCGGAGCACGCCAAGAUGACUCCAGGAGCUCUGCCUCUGUCCUGGAUGGAGCAGCGGAAACUCGCCGGGUUCCCUGUGAUUAAACAAGAGCAGCUGUCUCCACGUGGCCCCGCUUCUUCUCAGGCCGAGAAUCUGUCCACGCACGCCAUCGCUCACGAGAGCCUUGCUGCCCGUGGGCCCAUGCCAGCUGUACAGGGAGGGAGCAUCACAAAGGGCCUUCCUGGCACCCGCAUCCACCAAGAAUCCCCCAUAACGUACCGUGGUGGUUCCAUCACUCAGGGUACCCCGGCGGAUGUGCUGUAUAAGGGUACCAUUACUCGUCUUAUUGCCGAGGACAACCCUAGCAGGGACAGAUCCAGAGACGAAAACCAAACCAAGGGACACGUUCUGUAUGAGGGCAUCAGCGGACACAUCCUCUCCUACGACCGUACGCCAAACCCAAAAGAGGAAAGCAGGGGAGAGGUGUUGGGGCUGAAACGCCCUUACGACAUCAUGGAAAGCGGGGGCAUGUCUCGAGUGCUGCCGUUACGGGACUCUCUGUCCGCUGCUGAGGGUUUGAUGGGUCGAGCGAUGCCUCAGGAAAGAGAGAGUCCUCGUCCUCAUCAUAUCCGCGGCUCUAUCUCACAGGGUAUCCCACGUCAUGUAGAGUCCCAGGAUGAGUAUUCGCGAAGAGAGCCGAAACAGCUGAAGCGCGAGAGCUCUCCGUCCCCCCGCGGCCCUGACGCUAUUAAGGGCCGCCCCCACGAUGGCGUCGUGCCCACGGUUAAAGAAGGCGGACGCUCCAUCCACCUCAUCCCACCAGAGGGUGUGCUGAUGAGCAAAGCCCCUAAAGAGGGCUCCAUCACUCAGGGCACGCCUCUCAAACUGGAGCCUGCGGGUUCGUCCAAACGCCACGACGUGCGCUCCAUCAUCUCCAGCUCCCCUCGGCCGUACUCGGGUCUCCCGCCUCAUUUGGAGAGGGGACAUUACGACGAGCCGGGCCCUAAAUCUCGGCCCAGCGCCGUUGUGAGCACCUCAAGCUCUCUGGUACUGGGGGCGGAACAGGCGAGCAAAAGCCACCACAGUCCGGUGGGCUACGACGAGCACAAGAGAGCAGGAGGAUAUGCUGCACCUUCACACAGAGGAUCACCGCUGACCAGCAGAGACGCGCCGCAGCGGCCACAUGAAGGUUCUGCGAAAGUCCCUCAGCAGGAGCGGAAGUCCACUCCUACUCCUCGGGAAAUGAGCUCCACCAAGUCUCCGCUGCCUGUAGUGGGAGAUCAUGCUGCCUCUCUAGCCUCCUACGAGAGGCUGCUGCAGGGUCUGGGAGCCGAUAUGUACCGGGGGCAAAUCCCACUGCCGUUCGACCCUGCCGGCCUGCCCCGGGGCAUCCCUAUAGAACCAGCUGCUUACUACCUGCCCCGACACCUGGCCCCUGCCCCUGGUUACCCCCACCCCUAUCCCCCUUAUCUAAUCCGGGGAUUUCCUGACACAGCAGCCCUCGAGAACAGACACACGCUCUUCACCGACUACAUCACCUCACAGCAGAUGCACCAGUGGCCUGCAGCAGCUAUGACACAGAGAUCAGACCUACUCAGAGGGCCCCGAGACCCACCGCUCACUCUACCGUAUUCGCCUACAACACGAGGAGCGUCUGCGUCACCAAUGGACCGCAUCAACUACCUCCCUGGAACCCCAACCACUUUCCCCAGCCGAGCGUACACCACCUCACCGAUCUCACCAGUCGGAAGCUCUCACAUGAGCAAACUCCAGGGCACGCCGACGUCGUCCGAGAGAGAACGCGAAAGAGAGCGCGAGAGAGACCGGGAGCGAGACCGAGAGAGGGAGCGAGAGAGAGAACGGGAGAGAGAGCGGGAUCGGGACCGAGAGAGGGAAAAGUCUCUCGGCCAUGGCAAUGUGGAGCACGCCCCCAUCUGGAGACCUGGAGCAGCAGAGCAGAUUGGGAGCAGUAGCUCUAGCUCACGUCCUCCUUCCCUGCCAUACAGCCACCAGGUGUCUCCGAUGAGCCCCCGGCCCCAGGAGAGCCUCCAGCACAGACCCACCGUCCUGCACAACACCAGCUCAAAAAACCUGCAGGGUUCAGAGCACAGCAGCUCGUCUGUACUGAGGUCUGUGCCACAGAGUUCUUCACGUUACCCAAACUACAGCGGGCACCUCCAGAGAGCCAGUGAGUCCUAUCCAGAUUCGAGCGGGGUCAAAGAGCUGAGCCGGGAGCCGAGUAAGACACAGAGUCGCGGAGUUCUGCCCAAACAACCCGAGCUCAAGUCCGAGUCCAAGAUGUCCAGCCCAAGCGGGGGCGGCGUUUAUCCCUCAGCCUUCGCCCAGGCCCCCGGCGGCCACGUGGGGCUCACAGCAAGCCGUGGUCUUCCCAUAAUGACUACCGAGAGUGGCAUCGUGAAUAGGGACAAGACCCAGAACAAGGACCAAGACCUCCGUCCACUCGUUCAGCAGAAGGCUCUGGAGCAGCACGGUAUGUUCUUUAUCCCAGAGGAGAGACUGUCUCCCAGCCAGCAGCCCCCAUCCCCUGCUGUGAAAAGCUCCCAGAGAGUGGUGACCCUCGCCCAGCACAUCAGCGAGGUGAUUAAGAAAGAUUACAUGCGUCAGUCACAGCAGGGGCAGGCAGGAGGACAGUCUGUGUUUGGCUACCACAAUUCACCCGUGUUGGACCUGACACGACCCCCAAGUGCCCCGGAGCCCAGCGUCAGCAGCCGGUUUACCCCCGAGGGCUCCAACAGUGACCGAGACAGGCUGAGAGACAGAUCUCCUCCUCAGAGUAAAGUGUCCCCAGUGAGUCUGUCCGCCGAGUGCAUCGAGCCAAUCUCUCCACCAGGCGGGGUGUCUGAGCCCGAAUCCCAGACGGCAGUAUGUCCCAGCGAACAAGCCGAGCAAGGGAUGGGCUCUCGCUCUCCCUCCAGCAGUUCCCAGCCACCUGCGUUCUUCAGCAAACUCACCGAGAACAACUCCGCCAUCGUCAAGAACAAGAAGGAGAUGAUUAAGAAGAUGGUCGUGGGCAAUGAGAAUGACUUUAACUCGGGGCAGCCUGGAACGGAGAUCUUCAACAUGCCUGCUUCUGCUACUGGAGGGCCAGUGACCAUUCGUAGUCAACCUCCUCCAGACUCCAGCGGGAACACCAUUGGCCUGGAGGCAAUAAUCCGCAAAGCUCUGAUGGGAAAAUAUGACGAACAGGCAGACGAGCGCUUGCCCUCCAACUCCGGACCCCCUGCUGCUGAUCCACGCACUGAAGAGCCCUACUCACUGUCUGGUAAAUCAAAGAGCAGCGGGCGCUCCAACGGCCGCAAGACAAAGUCUCCCGGUCCUGGACUGUCGGGGGGAGAGAGACCGUCCUCUGUGUCCUCCGUCCACUCUGAAGGAGACUGCAACCGCCGCACGCCUCUCACCAACCGAGUGUGGGAGGACAGACCAUCGUCUACAGGUUCCACCCCGUACCCCUGUAACCCCUUCACGAUGAUGCGUUUGCCCGGCUCGGUGAUGUCUGGCCCCUCCCCGUCGCCCACCCAGCCUGCUGCAGGACCUCCGCAGCCUCAGAGCCGCACCUGGGAAGAGGAACCCAAACCGCUGCUCUGCUCUCAGUACGAGACGCUGUCGGACAGCGAGUGAACACACACACACGCACACACUUCUCCAAUAUUCGCUCCUUCAAAGUGUAACCAGGGAUGUGGAUGGACAUGGAUACACACACACAUUGUGAAACACACUAGAGAGCACAUACACAUGCGAACUAACCCAUCCCCUCGUAUUACUAAUGCACUUCUCUUAAAUAGAACACACACCGUGGUGAACAUGGCUGCUGCAGAAGACUCCCCGUACACACGCUUGCACACCAACGUUAGCGUGUGCCUUCACACUGCUCAUAAAACAACGAUACAUCACACACAGACUCCUCCCUCCAUAGCAUCGCUCAGGAUUCUCACCUCUUGCUCCCUCACACACAUGCGCACACUUACAGCUGCAGUACGCAUUGCUGUUUGAACCCAGUAACUCCACCCAAAAUGGAACGAACAAGUCGUUCAGCUUCACUCGUUUGCUAUCUUUAUUAACGCUAAACAGUAAAGCUCGCUUCGAGCUGCUAGUGCGUAUUCAUUUGUAUUGAUCAUCCCAGUCAUUUCUAACCUACAGUCGCGCCUUGAAACUUAAGGCCACGCCUCUUCCUCGAGACCGAUCCUUGCUACGUCUUGACUGUUAGCUGCUACGACUGUUUUUAGCUCUGUAUCCUAUUUUUUUUUUUGUUGUUUAAAUCGACACAUCUGUGUAUCAAACCACUCCAUAAAGCAGCUGACUGAGAUGUAGUUUGGCUGAUGCUCAUCUGGUGGAGAUGUGCUUCCUUUAUUUUGGCUUUAGUGUUUCAGUUUUGGCCCAAAAUGGCUGCCAGUGGCGUCGCGUGCUGCUUUUACAGACUCAGAGAUUCACCACUCGAGCUUCUGAGGCACAUUUUGAGGUACAGAGGUGUGCGUGUGUGUUUUUUCACUCUUUUCCAUGGACAUUAGUUUACAAGGUACAUAAUGCGUUUUGUUUUUAAUGUCACUGAUACCGUUGCAGUUUUAGAACGUUUUUUUUUUUCGGACUCGUCUCAACCCGAGCGUGUUUCGUGCGUGUUUAUAACUAAUUUGUUUGCGUUCUUUUUUUAUGAAGCACUUGGCCAGCAGACGGUUUGUGUUGUCCCGUCAUGGACACUGAUGUUCUUUUUUUUUUUUUUUUUCUUUCUACAGCAGUUUUUGUUUGUUUGUCACCUAUACACCUUUUUGUUUAAAAAAAAAAAAAGAGAUAAAAUGUCCAAUGCUCCAGCGACAAUCAGAGAGGAAAAAGAGCUGAGCAUAUGGAUGUCAAGCUGCUUUUUCAGGUCCCUACAGUGUACACACACACACACACACACACACACACACACCACACACACACACACACACCGGUUUAAGAGACUGCGCCAAAUCAAAGUCAUGGACAUUGAGGACUGCUCUUGCGUCAGUUUAAAAACAAAAAGUGGACGACUGAUGCCAGAGGACGCUGAUGCGUUUUUUGUGUUUUUAUUUUAUUUUUUUGAGGAAGGGGACCUCCACCCACAGCGAGUGGACUUCUCAGCUCACUGGGACUCCAAACCCAACACCUCAUGUGUAUAAAUGUGUAUCCCUUUUGUUGUGUACAAAAAAAACCCUACGAUUUUGGUGUUAAGUGCCAUUUAUUUGAGACGUGAAGUUCAAACUACCAAGUGACAACGCACAACUCUCCUUCCGACCGGGUUUUUUUUUUUUUUUUUUAAAGACUUAAGGCAAACCUGGAGUGUCAGUCAUUUUUUUUUCUCUCUCUCUCACACACACACACUGCUGAGAGCAGUGGAUUUUAUGUCCUCACACUAACACACCUCCAAAAUCCGACUCCGAUGUGCGUGAUGCUAUAAAUACUAUAAAAUUACUUUGCAUGUGCUUUAAAUAUAAUUCAACUUUUAUUCUUUGCUACUUUUUCAUAAAAAAAUUCAUCCCUCUUUAAUGUUGAUAGAAAAAAAUAAAAACUUUUAUGAUUCUAUUCCACAGGUUUACCUCAGUGGGAGGUUUGUUUGUUUGUUUGUUUGUUUGUUUUUUCCCGUUUUUUUUUUUUUUUUUUUUUUGAGAAUUGUUGAAUUGGUAAUUUGGUGAUUAUUAUUAUUAUAUUGUGUUUAUUUUGUGUAAAUGAGGUUUCAUCACGUCACACACUCGGGUUCUCUCGACAUGUGCCAACGUGUAUGUUUGUGGUCACUACAAUAUUGUUUGUUCCAUUCGGCGUUUUUUUUUUUUUAAAAAAAGGAAAAAAGAAAAAAAAGAAGACCGUUAUUUUUGGAUGAAUUUCAAACAGCAUUACAUAGGAAGGCAACUUCAAUUAAGGGUUCUCCCCCCCCCCCCCCCCCAAAUAUUAAAAUAUUAAUCCACAUUUCCAAACGAUGCAUUUCAUGCUCCUAACGUUACUGCAUGUUUUAUGAAAGACGUUAAAGCAAAAUAGUAAAAAAUAAAAAAAAUAAAAACUUCACAGUAAGUGAGAUACAGUGUUCUCUCUGGAACGAUCCUGAUUUUUCCAGAUGUAAGUGUGUACGAGUUGAUUUUAAAAAUCAUAACUGGUCAAGGAAAAAAGAAGGGGGAAAAAAAAGGUCAGACCCCAGUUUAGAGGAAAGUAAAGGGUCGGGUGUUCUCCAUUUUGUACAACAGCUCAUAUUGUUUGUCUGCUCCCCCUCCAAAACAUAAUUCCAACCCACUGUAUUAUAGUGCGGAAUGUAAAUAGGCCUAAAAGGGUGUACAUAUUUAUGUGAUUUGCUGCCAGGUGGAUAUUCACAGAGAAACUGUUCACACUGUUGUACAUCAACAUGGCCACCAGCAAGCUUUGUGGAUAAGCAGUGUACAAAAAUGAAACAGAAAAAAAAAAAAGACAGACACUGCCUUAAUGUUUAAAUAAAAAGCUUAUUGCCAUUGA